AGGCAUCGACCAGCACUUGGGGAAUGUGUUGCAUCUUUUGCAAGUGCCUUCCCUGUAGCAUUCCUGGAGAGCAAUCUAAACAAGUACAAUAAACACUCCAUUCUCUAUGGAAUCUCUGAUGAGAAGAUUGCUGAGUUCUCACUUGAGGCGCAAGAGGUGAUGAACCACCUAGCAGAGCACCUGCCCUCAUUGGACAACAUUGUAGCUGAAAUAGCAGACCUGGCAGAGUCAGGGGGCAAGUACAAUGAGGCUCCACACGUCAUUGAAGUGACUCUGCCCAUGCUGUGUAGCUACCUUCCCUUCUGGUGGCAACAGGGACCCGACAGUGUAACUGCUAACGAUGGGAACCAUGUUACAACAG